AUCCUAUUUUAAAGUUUUGUAUUAUUUGAGGGUUCGUCUUUGAAGGCGUUCCUAUUCUAACUUUUGUCAGCCUCCUUGAAUCCUAGGUCAGGGAAAAGGCAAGGAUAGAGAUGAUAAUAAUAAUAAGCAGUAGUGAAGAGGAUAAAAGAAGGUUUUGGCUUCUGCUGUCUUCAGUUGCUGGAGCUACAACCGAGCUGCAUCCAAGGGAGCACCUUAGAAAAGGCUAUUUAGAAUAGUCCAGUCACCUCGAUAUCCUGAUAAACAUAUGUCAGGAGAGCUGGGAACGGCCUGCUACAGCCGGUAGCCCCUUGCUUUGGCUCCAGGUGGCUGUCUUUCCAGAAUCUUCCUUUCCCUGGGGAUGCUGGGAAUGGCAGCUGGGGCUUUCUGGCACCCUCCGCCUGGUGACUGGGUUUGUUCAGCUGCCUGGCUCUCUUUGCCCCUGGCUCCCAGGCCUCCGCCUCGCCAUGCCACUUCCAUCGCCACUCCAAAUGGAACUGCAGUCGGGUACCCAUGUCCAAUCAAUGGAGCCGGGCACUGGAGCCUUUCCCAAAAGGAGCCUCUUGGGUCCAGGCCCUGCAUUGGAGGCCCUCCUUCUCAAAGGCUCCUGACAAAGAGGGACUCCUCUGGGCCUUGAAGCAAAGAUGGAUGGGCAAAAGCAUGACUAUCCCAUGCUCCCUGGCUAUCUGUUGCCGAAAGGCCUCCAUACACUACCCUUGCCCCCUUGGGCUCCAAUGCCUCAGUCCACUGACCAUCUGGAAGGCAGGGCACAGCUCAGGGCACCUGGAAAGACCAAUUCUAAGAGAAGGGGCAGUAAAGGGCAACCCGAAAGAUGGAAGCUGGAGGGACUCCCUUGCCAGGAAAGAGAACCAUGUUUGGGGCAGGAAAAAAGGGUUGUUAAGUUUCGUCGUACGGGGGAGAGCUCCCGCUCAGAGGAGGAUGCCGUCUCCGGCGAGCACCAAGUCCAAAUUGAAGGGGUUCAGACCCACUUAGAGGCCGUGGAGCUGGAAGAUGGCAGCAUGGUGCCAAAGGAGUUUGCCAACCCAACGGAUGAUACUUUUAUGGUGGAAGAUGCGGUGGAAGCAAUCGGAUUUGGCAAGUUCCAGUGGAAGCUCUCCAUUCUGACCGGCUUGGCAUGGAUGGCUGACGCCAUGGAAAUGAUGAUUCUGAGCAUCCUAGCGCCUCAGCUGCACUGUGAGUGGCGGUUACCCACCUGGCAGGUUGCAUUGCUCACCUCGGUGGUUUUUAUGGGAAUGAUGUUCAGUUCCACCCUCUGGGGAAACAUUUCGGACCAGUACGGCAGAAAAACAGGGCUGAAAAUCAGUGUCCUAUGGACCUUAUACUAUGGGAUUCUUAGUGGCUUAGCACCGGUUUACAGCUGGAUCCUAGUGCUGCGGGGACUGGUGGGCUUUGGCAUUGGAGGCGUCCCUCAGUCAGUCACGUUAUAUGCAGAAUUCCUACCGAUGAAAUCACGAGCAAAAUGCAUCUUGCUAAUUGAGGUCUUCUGGGCCAUUGGGACUGUCUUUGAGGUCCUCCUGGCAGUCUUUGUGAUGCCCACCCUGGGCUGGCGUUGGCUGCUCAUCCUUUCAGCUCUCCCCCUUCUGCUCUUUGCCGUCUUAUGCUUCUGGCUACCAGAAAGUGCCCGAUAUGAUGUGCUUUUGGGGAACCAGGAAAAGGCCAUUGCCACUUUGAAACGGAUAGCGACGGAAAAUGGAGCUCCGAUGCCCCUGGGGAAACUCAUCAUCUCUAGGCAGGAAGACAGAGGGAAAAUGAGGGACCUGUUCACCCCGCAGUUCAGAUGGACAACCCUCCUGCUUUGGUUUAUAUGGUUCUCCAAUGCCUUUUCUUACUACGGAUUAGUUUUAUUAACCACAGAGCUCUUUCAGGCGGGAGACCUCUGCAGCUUAUCUAGCAGGAGGAAAACAGUGAAGCCCAAAUGCAGCCUUGCCUGUGAAUUCCUUACAGAGAAGGACUACAUCGACUUGCUAUGGACCACACUUUCUGAAUUCCCAGGUGUUCUAGUGACUUUGUGGGUAAUCGAUCGCAUUGGGCGCAAGAAGACGAUGGCACUCUGCUUUUUCGUCUUUUCCUUUUGCAGCCUCCUGCUCUUUCUCUGCGUUGGAAGGAAAGUUCUUACCGUGCUCCUGUUUAUCGCAAGGGCUUUUAUUUCUGGAGGAUUUCAAGCUGCUUACGUUUACACGCCUGAGGUUUACCCGACGGCCACCCGGGCGCUGGGCCUGGGCACCUGUAGCGGGGUAGCCAGAGUGGGCGCCCUGAUCACACCAUUCAUUGCACAGGUGAUGCUGGAGUCCUCGGUCUACCUGACGCUCAUUGUCUACAGUGGCUGUUGCCUCCUGGCUGCUCUCGCCUCUUGCUUGCUGCCCAUCGAAACCACCGGUCGGGGCUUGCAGGAGUCCACCCACCGGGAAUGGGGGCAAGAGAUGGUUGGGCGCGGAGUCCCCCGGUCACACUCUGGCUCUCAGGGGUAGGCGAGUCCCCCUCCAAGGAAGUCUGGGGGAAUGGCCCAGAAAAACCCCACCCCUCUGAUGCCUGAGAAAGGGAACAUCUCAUCACUGCUGUGUUUCCCCAAAGCGACAAUGCCCACCGUGUCCGCCCGGACUCCCGUUUUUAGCUUGCACCCAUCACCAUCCCCUUGUGCAAGGAGAAGGACUGCAGGUGGACACUGCCUCGGUGUGCGUGCGUGCGUGUGUAUAUACGUGUUAUGAGUAUGUAUGUCUCAGGGAGGAGGAAUAAGAUGCAGCUAGGGGAGAAGAAAGGAAGGCCUGAGUCCUGCUGCUAGGUCUAACUAGAGUAGAUGCAUUGAAUCAGAAGUACUGACACAAGUGCUGACUUGCCAUUCAUAGAAGCUAAAAGUUGGAAGUGACCUCAAGGGCUAUCUAGUCCAACCCCAUUCUGCCUUGCGGGAAUCCACAGCUACUGCUUUAUUGAGUCUGCUCUAGCUGGGGCUAUCAUUAGGGUCCAGGUUGAAGCUUUUCCAAAACUAUCAGAUAUGUUGACCAAAAAAGACACCUCCAGCCCCAUGCUUAGUUUCUUAGUACCAAGGCUCUGUGUCCAGCAAGCAGUUCAGCAAACGUGGCUUAAGACCCCCCUAGCCACAAGCCAGCUAAUGCGCAUGACAACCCAGACUAAGCCAGCUUGCCGCUAAGCACACUCACUCUUUGUGUAGCAUGCAGUUGGGUUUCACACACUGGUGUAUUAUUCACUGGCCUCGAGCUUUUCUGGUCAUGAACAAAUGUCAGUACCCACAAGCCACCUUUGGUCUGUUGUAGGCCCCCUGCCCCUUCCGGUUUUGCUUCUUGCAGAGCUGGGGGCCGCUCAGAGGCAUGUCCCUAACCUCCACAGCCUGAGCCAGAGGCGACGCCUGCAAGGCAGGAUGGAGUAUCCCAAAUGGCUGUGCAUAGCUUGGGUCCACUAGGGAACUUGGGGAGCUCUCAUCCCAAAAAGAGUCACUUUCCCAAAGUGCUGCGCUGGCUGCAACAUGUGCGGUUGCAUGCUAGUGAUUCUCAAUACUAUUAAUGGGAUUGUUUUAAGGUUAAGCAGGCUGGCAAAUGGAAUGAAAUGGCAGGACAGCCUGCAAGUAUUUCGGGGAUGUUUGGGACUGUGCGAGAAAUUCAGGCAGGUCCUUUGGUUGGUACAUACUGUUUGGGAUGUUUGGGAUGAUCCAGAAUUGGGGGAAAUAGCUUUUUUGGACUCCAGCACUCAGAACCCCUGUAACUUAAGACAUGAGUUGUGCCUUUAGAAAUCCAAUGUAGGCAUCCCUAGCUGUGCACAAUUUUUAGUGUCUCACUCUCUGCAGUGGUGGAAAUCUGGGGACUAAAGGAAAAUAUAACGGAGGGCAGAAUUCUUAUUUACAUCCCAGGCACAGAAGCCCCAUUUGCAAUUGGUGUAUCUCAAUAAGGAUCAACAGCAUAAAAUCCUUGAGCUAGAACCAGCCAGAAUAGGUUUCUCAGUAAGGCAGGCUGGUGUUUCUAGAGAAGUCCUUGCCAACGUUAAAAGAUCUGUAGUCUGUUUGAAAUACUGUGGAGUUGUUGAAUUCGCAACACAGACAUGGCCAAACAUCUCGGUAUUACAUUUGCUUUGUAUGUUUUAUUAAAUGGUAUCUAAAAGUAUUCAUAAGCCCUGCGCAUUGAACCAUCUUGGUCUAGCUUCUUGCUGAAGAAUGAUCCAAAUUGAAUCAUGGUGGAUUUAAAACAAUGAUACAGUAUUUCUCUUGAAAAAUACAAAUCAGGUUGAAUUGUGAGUGGCUGGAAAUCUUCAUUGACUUUUCUUUGAAAAAACAAAUAUACAGGCUUGUGCAUGUAUGCACUCCCACAAAUGCUCACAAUUGUUUGGAAAAAAAUAUAGCCGCUCUCAAAGAUUUUGUUCAAAAGGUGAUUUGUUUUUUC